GAAUUAUUCAUCGAACUCGGCAAAGUUCACCUACCCAACGUCUCAUUCCCGCAUACCACCACAAACCGAAUAAACAAAAAAAAAAAAUAAUAUAUGGUGGCGCUUCUCACCAACCCCCGCUUCUUCUUCUUCUUCUCUCACACAGGACUAUAGAAAAGAGAAAAGAACAUAACCAACAAACCUUCAAAGUUCAAUCUCCCUCGAAUCUUUCUCUCUCCUCGAUUUUGAUGGCAUCCUCAACAAUUAAUCCCUCUUCUCUCUGCUUCUCUCUCAACUCUUCCUCUACUAAACCAUCCAAACUCUUUCUUAUUGGUGGUAAUUCCAUCAAAUUAGGCAAUUUCCCAGAUCAUUCGAGUUCAAAUCGACUUGCAGUGAGUUUUACCCGUGUUAGAUCGCCGAUUCAUGCGAGUUCGACUCAGUUAACCCCUACCGAGUCAACACCGAGUAGUAGUAGUAGUAGCUUCAGUGACAUGACGGACUCAUCUAGGGUUCCAACCAUUGUUGAGGUUGAUUUGGGGAAUCGUAGUUACCCUAUUUAUAUUGGGUCUGGUCUUCUUAAUCAACCUGAUCUUCUUCAAAGGCACGUGCAUGGAAAGAGGGUUCUUGUGGUUACAAACACAACUGUUGCACCCUUGUAUUUGGACAAAGUUGUUGAUGCAUUAACAAGAGAUAACCCAAAUAUAUCAGUAGAAAGUGUAAUCUUACCAGAUGGAGAGCAGUACAAGGACAUGGAUAAUCUAAUGAAAAUCUUGGACAAAGCUAUCGAGUCAAGGUUGGACAGAAAGUCCACUUUUGUGGCCCUUGGAGGUGGUGUUAUAGGCGAUAUGUGUGGAUUUGCUGCAGCUUCUUUUUUGCGUGGAGUCAACUUCAUUCAAGUUCCAACUACUGUUAUGGCCCAGGUGGAUUCUUCAGUGGGUGGAAAGACUGGCAUAAACCAUCCUUUGGGAAAAAAUUUGAUUGGGGCUUUCUACCAACCCCAGUGUGUACUUGUAGAUACAGAUACACUAAACACACUGCCUAACAGAGAACUAGCAUCUGGGCUCGCUGAAGUUGUAAAAUAUGGGCUUAUCAGGGAUGCUGAGUUUUUUGAGUGGCAAGAGAAGAACAUGGAUGCGUUGAUGGCAAGGGAUCCUGAUGUCUUUGCAUAUGCCAUAAAGCGCUCUUGUGAAAACAAGGCUGAGGUCGUCUCAAUGGAUGAGAAGGAAGGUGGACUCAGAGCAACCUUGAACUUAGGUCACACGUUUGGACAUGCAAUAGAAACAGGAUUCGGCUAUGGCCACUAUCUUCAUGGAGAAGCGAUUGCAAUUGGAACAGUCAUGGCUGUCGACAUGUCAUAUCGUCUUGGUUGGAUAGACGAAUCAUUAGUGGAGCGUGUUCAUAACAUCUUGAAAAAGGCUUCACUACCUAUUGCGCCUCCUGAAAGCAUGACUGUGGAAAUGUUCAAGUCCAUUAUGUCGGUUGAUAAGAAGGUAGCUGAUGGUGUGCUGAGGCUCAUCCUUCUGAAAGGUCCUCUAGGAAACUGUGUGUUCACCUCAGAUUUUGACAAAAAAGCGCUGGAUGAAACUCUGGCUGCCUUCUCCAAGUCAUGAUUCCUGAUAAUAUUAGUACAUAGUUACAUACCAAUUACCAUGGCAUUAUUCUUUUUGUAACCAACCAACCAACAGGCAACGGCUGUAAAAUGUGGAAUUCGCGUAUCAACUUCCUUUUUUUUUUUGGAUCUGUGUUGUCUUUUUCGUUUUAGUGACGAAUAUAGUUCAUUUGUUGUGAGAUAAAAUACAUGAUAGAAAAGUGGUGUAAAAUAAAUAAUUAUUGAGCACUGUAGAAAUUCUUAAUAAGUAAUUUUUCCGUUCUUAAUUUGUCA